AUGAGGCCCUCCGACCACCCAAGCACCGAUAUAACGGUAAACCACCUUAGCUACAAGUUCCCCGACGGCUCGGAAGGACUGUCAGAUAUCACCAUUGACCUCCCUCAGAACAGUCGAACACUCUUGAUUGGCGCCAAUGGUGCUGGUAAAAGUACACUCCUCAGGCUCCUUUCAGGCAAACGCCUUGCUCCAAAUGGUUCCAUCGUCAUUGGCGGCGUCGACCCGUUCAAAGAAGGCCUCGAAGGCGUCACAUACCUAGGGACGGAAUGGGUUCUGAACCCCAUAGUUCGAUCUGAUAUCGAUGUGCCGACUCUACUCGCAUCCGUGGGUGGAGAUUACUAUGCGGAAAGAAGGGACGAGCUAGUUAAGAUUCUUGAUAUCGACAUGUCGUGGCACAUGCAUGCCGUGUCCGACGGAGAGAGACGACGUGUGCAGCUUGCCAUGGGCCUGCUAAGACCCUGGAACCUCCUCCUGCUAGACGAAAUCACUGUGGACCUGGAUCUUCUUAGCCGGAGCAAUUUUUUGGAUUUCUUGAAACGAGAGACUGAGAGGAGACCUUGCACUAUUGUCUAUGCUACCCAUAUUCUGGACAACCUGGCUCAGUGGCCUACGCACCUGGUACAUAUGCACAUGGGUCGUUUAAGGGACUGGGGUUCUAUGGAGAAGUUCUAUAGCAACCGCCCUCGCAUGUCGGAAAACAGUCAGUUGGGUGAACUAGUGCUGGAAUGGCUGAGGAAGGAUAUGAAGGAGCGUGGACCUCGCCCUGGAAGACCAGCAGAGGCUAAGGAGGAUAUCAGAGAUGAAUGA